AUGGCGUCAAAGCUAGCUCAGUUGCAAUCCAAGGCUUGUCAGGCCUCAAAGUUUGUGUCUACUCAUGGUGGUGCUUAUUACAAGCAGUUGUUAGAAAAGAACAAGCAUUAUAUCCAGGAGCCACCCACUGCUGAGAAAUGCGAUCUUUUGUCCAAGCAAUUGUUAUACACUCGCCUAGCCAGCAUUCCUGGGCGUUAUGAGGCAUUUUGGAAGGAGCUUGAUUAUGUCAAGCACCUUUGGAAACACAGGCAGGAGUUGAAGGUUGAGGAUGCUGGCAUUGCUGCCCUGUUUGGGCUGGAGUGUUUUGCGUGGUACUGUGCUGGUGAGAUUGUUGGUCGAGGGUUUACAUUCACUGGCUACUAUGUCUAA